AUGAGUGAAACAAAUGAUAAUGAUUGUGGGGAUUCCAAAGAAAUAUAGAUUACAAAUGCAUUUGAUUAAAGCCCCAAGAAAUUACUGAUGAUAAAAUUAGUCAAUGAAACAACUGAUACAAAUAAUACUGAAUAGAAUAAUACAGAUCCUGGCAAUGGAUAAGGGAAUGACACUAAUAAUGACACAAAUCCAGAUAAUAUGGUAAAUGAUACCAAUGAUGGAAACUCUACAGAUAAUACCACAGAUCCAACAGACCCAGGAGAUGGUGCCUAAAAUCAAACAGAUCCAGAUAAUUCCACUGAUCCAACAGACCCAGGAGACGGUACCUAAAAUUAAACAGAUCCAGAUAAUACCACUGAUCCAACAGACCCAGGAGAUGGUAUUUAAAAUCAAACAGAUCCUGAUAAUAAUGGAGAUAAUAAUACUGAGCCUAAUAAUAACGAAGAUCAAGUUCUGAAUCAAAUUGUGACUCCUGAUGCAGGGCGAGCUUUACAAGAAGUCCCUGACAAUUUUAGAAGAUGUAGCUAUGAAUUAUAAUUAGGGAACGAUGUUUAAACAUUUUUAUAAGGGGUAAACAAGACUAUUCAGAUAAAUUUCUCUGUAUUCAACGAAUCAAAUCAGGUUAUGUACGUGAUAAACUAAUAAUCAAAGUUAGUAUUUAGAGUAAAUAAUGGUACUUAAUCCUUCAACAUAACUUCACCGGGUUAGAUUGGAAUAUUUGGAAUAAUGGAUCUUACUUCUGAUAGAGAUAUUGCCUUAAUGUUAAAUUUGUAAAAAUUCGAAAUCAUCAAUCAAGCUAAUGACACUAAUAUGGAGGUCAAAGAUAAUAACCCUCUUAAAGUAGACGAUGAUGGCUUGGGUGAUGGUGCUAUUGCAGCAAUAGUAAUAUGCUUAAUUGCUGCAGUAGGACUAUCAAUAGGAGGAGUUUUCUAUUGGCUAAAAUGCGUUAGAAAGGUUAAAAUUGAACUUAAAGAUUAGAUUCAUAAGGAUAUUGUGGAUACCUAACCUCACGAGUUAAAUGAAGGAACAUCAAAUGAUAAGUAGAAUAAAUAAAAAUUUAAAAAAUAAAAAGAGCAAGAUAAAUUUGAUGAUUAAAAUUUGAAAGACUCUAGAGAAUUGUAGGAUGCAGCAGAAUAUGGAGAAGAGCAAGUAGAAAAUGAAGAAACUUUGAAAGCAGCAGAUAUGUCAGCAAAUCAUCCAAUACUUGAAAGGUCAAAUCUUUCCCAAAAUGAGGAUAGGAUAGAUUAUAAACUAGGCACAGAAUCAAGGUUAAAUAGCAAUGCCAAUUAUAAUCAGUUUAGUAACUAGACCUAAAACCAAGUUUCUAAGAAAAAGUCUUCCAUUAGGGAUACUAAGAAUUAACCAAUGGAGUAAUCUCUUAAAAAGAAUGAUACCUCUAAGAAAACUAAAACCAUAGAAAGCAGUCAAUCUCAGAAAGACAUACAGUAAGAUAACAAUUAGAGCACUGAAGGAAAUUAAAAUAAUAGCCCUAUAAAACAAGCAAGUUUUGCUAAUCAAUCCAGAAAUGAGAAUUAAAAUAUUUCAUAGAAUAAUUCAUCUAUAAGGGAGAGGCCAAAAACUGCUGGAACCAAGCAAAAAGCAAAACCUGAAAAACUUUUCUAGAAAGCGAAGACAAAGAGAAUGAAUAAUAGAUCUGGAGAUAAACUUUCAGAUGGGGAAGAUAGUCAGAGCCCAGAAAACAAUAAGAGAAACUAAAACCAUUCCCCUGAUUUCUUAGCUAAUUUUGGAGGUGCUGAGUAAAUAAACUUUACCAAUGAGGACUCAGAUUAUAAUAAGAGCUUCAACAAUGUAAACGACGACUAAGCAGAGGAGAUCUUGCAUAAAGGAAGAAAAAGAAAAUAAAAAUGA